AUGCCGGUAGCAGUAGAAGAAUGUGGUCAUAUUUUCAGCUUCCGCUAUCUCGAAAAGUGGGCAAGAUCCAAGAAUGCCGCAAGGAACAGGUGCCCAGUAUGCGGUGGCGCCAUGUUCAGCAGAGGCGAGAAUGUUGAUCCAGAUUUGUCCGACUCAUCUGGCUCGUCUGAGGGUUCCAAUAUGUCUGACGUUGAGUCUGACGACGACCUAGGAAUAGAUGAUGGCUCGUCAUAUAGCGAAGGCUCAGAUUAUGAAACAGACAGCAGCAGCGACGCAGACUCCACGAAAGGGCCGGAGUCAUCCCGAAUAUUGGGUGCAUCCGACAACUUGGCACUUGCUGACAGCUCGAAUAUCUCUCAUGGCCAAGAGAAAUCUGGUGGUUCAAAGGGAUUAUCCACUCGCGAACCAUCUUCCAACGCUGGAGCCUUGUCAGGAACAUGA